ACGUUCGAGAUAAGCUACGGUUUGACACCUUAGUUUGAGAAUGGAACAAAUUCUGCUUAUUCUGCAGAGCGCGCGCAGUGUUUGCUUCCUUCUCAGACUGGCGCUGUUUAGAUGCACUUCCUUGUCUUGAAUCACUUGUGAAGAUGUUGAUUCCGAUUAUUUUCUUAUUAGUUUUGAGCCCAUUUGCAAGUGUUUUACAUGCAGCGGAAGUGUUUCGGUUCUCUUCUUAUUAUGGAGAUCACAUGGUUCUGCAGAAAGCCCCAGCCAAAGCAGUCGUGUGGGGAUUUGGACAGACAGGAGCCGAGGUUGUGGUGUCAUUGUCUGAACCACACAAAGGGUCAGCAAGCUCUGCUCUUGUUGUCAAUGGUAUUUGGCGCACAACUCUCAAUCCUGUGGAGGCUGGUGGUCCCUACAAUUUAACCGCAUCUCAGAAUACAACUAAAAGCUCAAUCACGCUCACAGAUGUGCUCUUUGGAGACAUCUGGAUAUGUAGUGGACAAAGUAACAUGGCAUUCACUGUUAGUCAAUUGAUUAAUGCAACAGAGGAGCUGGCCAUGGCGUCUAAGUUCCCUAACGUGAGGAUCUUCCAGGCUGCCUUGGAGCAGAGCAGUAAGGAACUAAUCGAUCUUGCUGGAGUGGAAGUUCCUUGGUCUCGACCAACAGCGAAAUUGCUUGGUGGAAAGCCAUUCAGCCAUUUCUCUGCAGUUUGCUGGCUCUUUGGUCGCUAUCUCUAUGACACACUGACUUAUCCCAUCGGAAUAGUAGAGUCGUGUUGGGGAGGCACACCUGUUGAAGCCUGGUCAUCCCCAAGGGCUCUUCACAAGUGUGGAUUGAAGAGCUCAGAGAGCAGUGUUCCCUAUAGUCCUCAGCCUGUGGAAAGUAACCUCUUGCUGAACCUGUCUGAAAAGUGGAAAAGUUCAGUGCUGUGGAAUGCCAUGAUCCAUCCAUUACUCAACAUGACCAUAACAGGAGCCAUUUGGUACCAAGGUGAGGCUAAUACAAACUACAACAGAGAUGAAUACAACUGCUCGUUCCCUGGCAUGAUUGACGACUGGAGGAUGGCUUUCCAUGAAGGCUCGGGUGGCCAAACUGCACUAGACUUCCCAUUUGGAUUCGUACAGCUAAGCACAUUUCACAGAAAAGCUCAGAACGAUGGGUUCAGAGAAAUACGCUGGCAUCAGACAGCAGACUAUGGCUUUGCCCCUAACGAGCGCAUGAAGAACACCUUUAUGGCUGUUGCUAUCGACUUACCUGAUGAUAAGUCCCCCUGGGGCAGUAUCCACCCAGAGUAUAAACGGGAUGUGGCACACAGACUUGUGCUGGGGGCAAGAGCUGUCGCCUACGGGGAGAAGAACGUGUCUUUCCAGGGACCUUUCCCUUCUCAGAUCGUGCUCAACCAGUUUUUCAUUCGCAUUGUGUUUAAUCAAAGGAUAUUAAAGGAUAUUAAUGUCACCCUUGAUGAUAAUUUUUUUGAGAUCUGCUGCUUUGAGGAGAAAAAGUGUGGAUCAGAUGAGAAUUGGUUGCCUUCUUCCAUUAUAAAACAUGGCUUAAAUGAUGUCUUUAUAUCUAUACCACCACCGUGUUCAGAUGCUUCUGUUAAAGCGCUCCGUUAUCUCUGGACAGACUGGCCCUGUAAAUUUAAAGCCUGCCCCAUCUACAGCUCUGAUGGACUCUUACCUGCACCACCGUUCAUCCUGGCCAUAACAAAACAGUGACCAAUGAUGGUUAUGUUUAAAAAAUGUCUCUUCAUAUCAUGUAGCUGUGAAUUAUAAAUAUAUAAAUGAGUAAACUGUUUACUGAGAGACAGAUUUUAAUGCACUUAAUCUUUUUGAGUAACAUAAGCUGGAAAUGUCUGUAAUUUAAACUUGACUGGAGAGCAAUUUUACACAAUUUCCACCCAAUUCAGUCAGUUUGCACUUUAGAUGUGUCCUUUUUUGACAGGUCACACAUUUUAUGUGGUAUAAUUUAAAACAUUUUGUGUUGACAGGCCAUAAAAUGUUUUAGGUUGAUUUUUGUCCUGUGACAGCAUGAUUUUAAAGUUUGUUCAGUGAAAAAUUCAUAUUAUGAUAUUAUUUUUAUCUAGGUUGAAUGACAUAAGUUUUUUUCUGUUUGUGGCCUUGAGAAAAAGCUUUCCUGCAGCUUUCCUUUCAAACCUAUUUUUGUAUUUUCAGUUUCAGGAUUGGGUUUAGAAAAUGUAAGCAAUAAAAAGUGAAGAACUAAUAUUUACCAGA